AUGCUUCGAAAGACUGUUCUUUGGGUUCAGAUUUUCGCCAGCGUGCUGGCGAUGAUGGCCGUCGAGGUCAGACGUCGCGCUAGGUCGAUGCAAACACGUCUUUCGGGAACAGCCAAAGCCUCGGGCCCAGACAAGAACAUCGUUAUCGUCGGCGCCUCCUUCGCUGGAUGGUGGGCAAUCCAAACUCUUGCCAACUAUCUCCCCCACGGAAGCGGUUAUCAAAUCGUGGUAAUCGAGCCAAACAGCCACUUCCAAUUCAGCUGGGUGAUCCCUCGCUUCUGUGUCGUAGAGGGACAUGAGGACAAGGCGUUCAUUCCAUACGAUAGAUGGAGGAAAGGGAUGCCUCCGGGGCUUGUACAAUGGGUAAAGGGCCGAGUUGUCUCGACAAGCCAAACGCAUGUCAAACUCCAGGCUGGAGAGGAGAUCCCAUACGAGUACUUGGUUGUCGCAACUGGAUCCGAAGUGGAAGAGGGCCUGCCAUCUCGCGUCAAUCACACAGAGAAGGGCGAGGGAGUUCGUCGCUUGCGAGAAAUGCAAGCUGCUGUCAAGGCCGCAAAGUCCAUAGUCGUCGUCGGCGGCGGAGCUGCAGGAGUCGAGGUCGCGACUGACGCGAAGGAUCUCUACCCGGAGAAGAAGGUGACGAUUGUUCAUUCAAGGGAUGCUUUGAUGCACCGUUUCGGCAAAGAUCUGCAGGAAGAAGCUCUGAAGUGGAUGAAGCAGCUUGAGGUGGAUGUCAUCCUUGGUGAGCGUGUCGUCGCAGAGGAUGCCAAUACUGGAACCGUCACACUGCGAUCUGGGACAGUUCUGGAGUGCGAUAAGUUUAUCAAUUGUACCGGACAGAAGCCUGCUUCCGGCAUUCUCAAGGACCUAUCCCCCAGCUCCAUCGCACCGACUGGAUAUAUUAGUGUCAAACCAACACUUCAAAUAGCCGAUGUGCAGCUCCCGAACAUCUACAUCUGCGGUGAUGUUGCCGACGCGAAGGUGCCGACACCCAACGGUCGGGCCGCCAUUCGACAAGCCUCUGUGGUGGUAGACAACAUCCUCGCGUCUAUUCGAGGUCAACAGCCGUUUUACUCAUACCAGUAUUCGUGGCCCAUGGAUAGCUUCAUCAAGCUGACUCUUGGAUUAAAUCGCUCAACGACGUAUAUAGGCGACGGCAAGGACUGUAUCCUAUUCAGAAGCAAGGAGAAGAUCGAUCUCAUGUCGAAGGAUGCGUGGAAGAAGUUUGGUGCAAAUCCUUUCGAAGAUGACUCCUACAAUGGCAAAUAG